AUCUGCAUCCAGAUUUCCAGACUCCCUAGCGAACAUAUCAUGUCCACCGUCCAACGUAUCCAAUUCUAUACCGCGCCGUAUUCUCCCUACUCGCACAGAGUUCGGCUGGCGCUCGAUGAGGCUGGCGCAGACUAUCUAGCGUAUGAGUUCCCGAACACCCGUACCAAGCCCGACUGGUACUACCAGAUCAAUCCCCGCGGUCGGAUCCCCUCCAUCGCGUACGGCGGUCCUGACGUUCCCCCGGAAGAGCCCUCGCCCGAAUCAGCGAAGCUCACCGAGUCGCUGGCGCUGAUCGAAUUCAUCGCAGAUAUCUUCCCCGACUCUGGACUGCUUCCCAAAGAUCCCAUCCUGCGUGCUAAGGCUCGAGGGUUCAUUCAGAUCUAUGACAGCUGGAUCCAGCCUCCGUACAAGUCUGCUUUCUUCCUCGGAGAAGGCACCGAGCCCAUCCUGCAGGCUAUCGAGAAGCUCCAAGCAGCCCUACCUCCAACGGGAUUCGCUAUCGGCCAGUACUCUAUCGCAGACAUCGCCGUCGCCCCCUUCUUCGUUCGCAUGCUGUUAUUCUUGCGCCACGGUAUCGGUGCAUACUCGCAGGCUGACGGAGAUCGCCUGCGGGAGGCUUUUGCUAGCGAGAAGUUCGCUCGGUUCAGGCAGUAUGUACAGGAUCUUGAGAGCCGCCCGAGCUUCCAGAAGAACUGGGAUGAGGCUCAGCAGGUCGAACCCUGGAAGAGUCCUCCUAAGUUCCGCAAGGAGUGAGGCCAAGUCUGCCCACAUCUGUCAAAUGUUAAGCAGAUACCCAAGGCUCGCCAAAACGUAGCUUGUGGAGGAAGCCUAUGAACAUGGGUAGGACUAGACGAACUUCAUCGCGUGGAAGUCUGCGUGGCGGGUCGGAGACAGAGACUGUCGUUAGUGUCGAAACCUAUGUAGUAGCUGUAGAUACGGGAUACUACUUGAAGGCAGGAGGUGCUCCUGCAACGAUAUAAGUGUUUGUGAUAGUCAAGACGGCGAUAACGCCAACGUCUAUGGAAGGAAUAGAUUGC